AACUUCCUGUCCGGGAGAAAAAUGGCGGCUUCAGGAGCUGCAACUCCAAGCCGGCUGGUCCAGUACGUGGUUGUUCGCGCGGAUCUGGUCCAUAAGCUCUCGUGGCCCCCGGGGGGCGGGGUAAAUCAGGCCCGGCCCGCCGCCCCGCACAAAGUGGUGCUGGGGGCUCCAGAUGAGGAGGCCUUGUCGUCCCUUUCAGAGAAUCUGACUCAGGCUGGAGUUUCUCACAAGCUUUGGAUAGAGCAGCCUGAGAACAUCCCCACGUGUCUGGCUCUGAAACCCUAUCCUAAAGAGACUGUUCAGCCGCUGCUGCGCAAGUUCAAACUCUUCAAAUGACCAGGAGGAAAACAGUGAAAAAAACAGGAACAAUGCAUGAGAUGACGAUACCCCAAACACCCAUGUGCUUAAAUAGAAUCAAUAACAGAAACAAUGUAUCAUAGAAUAAAUAAUUUAACCCUG